AAACUUGAAACAUUUUACACUGGCAUUUUAUAUAAAUCUGGUAUUCUUUGCAAGUUUUUAGAAAUAAUGUUAGAAAAUAAUAUCUAAUUGUUUUGGUAGUGUCAAACAUAGAUUGUUUAUAACCAUGCCUGAAAGUACUGCAGCCGUAAGUAGAAAAUUUGUUGUAUAAUUUGUUGUAUAUUGCUUCGUAUAUAAUCGACCGUACAAAAUAUAAAGUUUCAUACGUAUGACAUUUUAUGUUUUGUUGUGUUGUCUCAUUAACAUUUUAACGUUGUUUGAUAGAUAUGGUUUAGUCAUGCAUGUAUACAAUUUAUCAUAUCCUCAAGCCAAUUAGCCAACAGUGUGAGCAAACAAAUUCGCCUAGUGGAAGAUGUUCAUGAUGGCCGGCUACCCUGAGUCACAGAAUUGGGUACACAGAAGGCCGACUUCUUGGUUUUUCCUAUGUUUUCCUAUGAUUUUGGCGUAACCCGUAAUUCGUCAUCAAAUGCUGACGCCAUGGUCCUAGCCAGUGCGCGUUUGAGAGGCAUUCACCCCCUGAUAAUAUUCAAAAUGGGCAGAUAUCCAGGGGGGGAAUGCCUCUCAAACACACACUGGCUAGGACCAUUGCGUCAACAUUUUGAUGAUGAAUCAUGGCGUGGCAGCAGUUACGCGAGUCGACCUUCUGUGUGCCUUAUUCUGUGCCUUAGUGCCAGAAGUUUUUCUACGUUCGUAGGGGGAUAAUGAGGGAUACACGAGCGUGGAAGAACCUCUGGCACACAGGGUAAUGGCCAGCUUAAGUGAUGCAAAGCUCAGUCACAGAGUAAUGCAUGAGUCAAUUCCAGGAGUAACCAUCCCCCCCCCCCCUGGAAUUGACUCCAGGAAUUGACUCAUGCAUAAAUACCAUACAGAGGUCUCACUUCUUAUUUUAAUAUUUCAGCGUGAGGGAUUUUCCAGUCCGCCAUGUUCUUAGCAAGUAUCCUUAAGAGAGGCUAUCACCUCCUGAAAACAUAUUGAAAUUUAAUGUACCAGGGGGGUGAAUGCAGGUCUUUAGGGCACUUGCUAAGAACAUGGCUGCUAGAUAUUGAUCGUAUUAGAUGUUGCAGAGUGUCUGGCUGUGGUAGAAAUCGGUCUCCAAAAUUUUUAAUCGGUCUCACUUAGCAUUGCGUAUAUAUUUAUCCACUGACACAUGCUGUAUUAAUUUUGAAACCAACUAAGACUAUCUUUUCGAAUAUAUACCCAAAUCGAAUCAAAGGCAUAAAAAACAGUUUGAAAAACCCUUAUUAACCUUUUUUGAAUGUUUUCAGAAUGAGAAUGAUAAUGUGCGGGUAGUUGUACGAUGUCGUCCAUUAAGUAAAAAAGAACAAACAAGUGGAUGUAAGGCAGUUGUGAAUGUGGAUGAAAGAACUGGAACACUCAGUAUAAAGAAUGAAGGUGGAAGACCAGGGGAACCCAAUAAAAAAGACUUUUCAUUUGAUAGAGUAUUUGCACCUGGGUGUAAACAAGUUGAUAUUUAUAAUGAUGCUGCCAGACCCAUUGUUGAAAGUGUUCUUGAAGGAUAUAAUGGUGAGAGUUUUACUGUCAUGGUAAUAUAGCACUGACAUGAGUUAACACUAAUAAUAUUUUUUAUAUAAUAAUGUUAAGAAUUUCAUUGGUCGAGACUCAAGAGCCAUGAUUUAUUGGAGAACAGAUGCACAGAAUUAUGUCACACAAAACCUUAUCCAGCAUUCCCUUAUUUGUAUAGAUCAUGUACGCAUGAUAUGUGUUUACUCCGGGCUCUCCGGUUUCCUCCCACAAGGAAAGUUGACAGGGGUGGGUUAAGAUAAACAUUAGUGAAGAAAGUAAUAUCACAAAUAGUGUGGGCAAAGCUAGUCCACAACUAAAAACGAUCAAGUUUUUGCAAUAUAAUUGAACAAUACUGUGCUGCCCACAUUGCUCACAGUUGUCAACAAUAUUGAACAAUAUUGUUACACGUACCGAUUCAGACUCAACAAUAUUGUUUAUUGUGAACGACAUGGGCAGCACAACAGUGUUCAAUCGGACAACCCUGUUAAACAGCAGGCUCAUAAUUUUUGUGCAUAUACACGUAGGUACAGUACACACGUAAAAACGCUCAGGUUGAUGCAAUACUGAUGAAAACAGGAUUGAACAUUUAUCAAUGUUUUGCUGCCCACAUUGUUCAUAGCUGUCAACAAUAUUGAACAAUAUUGUUACACCCAAUUCAGGCUCAACAACAUUGUUCAAUAUUUUUGUCAGCUAUGAACAACGUGGGCAGCAAAACAUUGUUCAGUCCUGUUGAGCAACGGGCUCAGCAUUUUUUGCCGUGUAAUAUAAGUAAGUGUAAUAUUACUUGAUGUAAUCAGUCACUGAAAUGCUCCGGUGGGUGUGAACUGAAUAUAAUAAUGUAUGUACUAUGUAAUGUAAUACAUAACUUUUAAGACUAUAUAUUUCCAAUCUAUAAAUUUGAUUCAUCUUCAGCAGCACCCAAUCUACAAUCGGAAAAUAUAAUUCCAUCUUCAUCUUUAUCUUAUACAAUCAUGAAACCAUAGCAUGCACAGAUCUGUCACAGAAAGAAAUAACUAUAAGAUACAGUAACUUGGAUCUUGACUCACAUAAAAAAAUGACCUGUUCAGUCAUGGUAACAGUUCAGUAUGGCCAUUAAUUGUGUUUUUAUUAUCUCAUCUGUAUUACAUAAUUUAUCAUCUUCUCACAGGAACAAUAUUUGCAUAUGGCCAAACUGGUACAGGCAAAACAUUUACUAUGGAAGGUGUACGCUCUGCACCAGAACUACGAGGAAUCACACCUAACUCCUUCGCACACAUAUUUGGACAUAUUGCCAAAAUGGCUGGUGAUGUCAGGUAAAUUUUCAGUGUACUCUAUCAGAUAUUAAAUAGAGAUAUUCCCAAAUUUAAGAUUUGGAAGAAUGUUGCUAUAUAAUAAUAUAACUGAAGUUUACAUUCCACUUAAAGCUAUAUUAUUUCCCAUUGGAGACAGGGGUGUAUGUAGUUACCAGAGGCUGGUGGUUCGAAAGUCAGUUACAUAGCUUAAUCCUAUGUUAACGGAAAUAUCAAAGCACAAUACUCAAUUAUAACAGCUUGUUUAUAAACAAUGGACCAAAGUAUUUUCCCACAAUUCUUGUCUGAAUUAGUAAAAGUUUUAUUUUCCAAACAGCAGUGCAGAUGCAUCCAAACCAAAACUGCAGGUUAAAUUUUAACCCAGGGGUAGCACAACCUGCUCCAGUAGGGUUACACUCCCUAUGAGUGUUCUAAAGAAAAAGUUGAUAAUUGGAAACUGAUCAGGAGUAAUAAAUGCUCAGGUUUUAAAUCCUUUCUGAUCAGUGGCAAGUCCUAUUAAGCUGCCAAUAGUUUAGUCAUCCUAUUUUUUGCAUUCAGGAGAGAUAAUAAUAAUAUAAUAAUAAUAAUAAUAAUAAUAAUAAGUGUACAAAUUUCUUGGUUGUGAACAAGGUGACAAAAUUGAUGUUAAAAGGGUAAUGCAAAGGGUGAAAAAGGAGAUAGCGAAAAGAUUGAAACAGCUGGUGGGAAUGAAUUUGACCGAUGAAUCUUGUGAAGGCGAUAAAUUGCAGAGUGGCGCCAGUAGCCGGAUAUAUCAUGAAUGUGUGUAACCUGAGGAAAGGAGAUAUUGAAGAGCUCGAUAUGAUUGUUAAAACCGCACUCGGGAAAGAAGGAUUUCAUGGAAAACAAGUGAUGAGAGAUCUAUUGUAUACGAAGAGAGAAGAUUGAAAGGGAUUGAAAAGUUUGAAGGAGGUUUACGAUGAGACGAAAGUAAGGGUAGCAUGUUACAUGUAUAUGGCAACAUCGAGAUCGGAAACGAAGGCUAUGUGGAUUGGAAGGCUACAUGGAGAAAGCUUAAGAACAUUAUUGAAGAAGGGCAACGCAGGAACAUGAGAGAAAGCUUUAGAGAAACGAAAUUGCAAAGUGAAAUACCAGCGGGAUUUGAAAAAGAAGAUCAUGGUUGAUUGAAGUGCAACACCGAUCCAAGAAAGACAGCAUCGAUCUUCUCACUGCAGGAACAGAUGAUUGAAACGAAAGCGUGGAAGAAAAUGAGAGGAUUAGUGGAUCAGGACAAGUGUCGAUUGUGUGGGUAAUCUAGAGACUGAGACAGUUCAACACCUACUGGCAGGAUGCAAGAAGAUAGCGGGAUCGGAGUAUGUAAGAAGACAUGACAACGCGUUGAAAGUAUUGGCGGUGCAAUGCGCGAUUGAUAACGGAUUGUUACCAGAAGGAACGAAGUGGUACACAGAAAGAUGGGUGAGAGGAAAAAUGAUUGAGAACAAUGGGAAGAAGCUAUUUUGGGAUUGGGAACAUAGAAUGAGGACGAGUUGCACGGCCAAGAGACGCCAUCUGACAUUUGAGGAGAGCGAAAAGAAAGAGAUUACCCUAAUAGAUCUGACGUGCCCGAAUGAGUCGAACAAAAACGUGACACAAGAGGAGAAGAUAAGAAAGUACCAACAGCUGUGUUUUGAACUGCGGGAAAGACGGGAAGGGCACAGAGUGAAAGUCAUACAAUCAGUGAUUGGCUGCUUAGGAGGAGAGAUGAAAAUAUUGAAAAAUGAUAUAAGAGAACUGUUUUAACAAUGAGAAAGAUUUAAAUUGCAUAAAUAGAGAAAUGCAAAAGACAAUAUUUUAGGAAAGCGAGACAAUUAUGAGAAAAAUAUUAUCUGGACUGUUAACAUGAGUUGUCUUCUGAUAAUAGAAACAUUGACAGUUAAUGCUCUUCCCUUAUGGAAGGGCACUGGCUAACAUGCUUUGGAUUAAUAUAAUUAGGGUUUUAUGAAUUGUAUAGUAUUUACUAGAGGCAUCAUUGUAUUGUUGGUUAAUUCGAAAAUAAUAAUAAUAAUAAUUUAAUGACAGUAUUUCCACAAGGUGACUCUUCACCUAGAGGAUAUUACACGGCGGCGAAAACAAUAUUUUGAGUGGUGAAAACAAUAUUUUACGAACGAGCGCAGUGAGUGCAUGAGUAAAAUAUUGUUUUUAACACGAAAAGAUAAAAAGUGUUGAUUGAAAUCCUUGCAUUCAGUUUUAAUAUUCACAGGAGAGUAUUAAAAAGGGCGGCAGCUGAGUCCUGAAAGGUCCCCUUUUCUAAUGGAACAGUAAGUCUCAUAUGAGCACUAGAACGGAGGUUGCGGCAAUUAUUUACAACUUGUAAGUUUAGGUAGGAUGGCCACAGGUUAUAAUUCAUAGCUUUGAAAACACACCAAGUAGGGAGAAGUAUCUUACAGGGAGAACAACAAAAGUUGCGCAGUUGGAAAAAAUUUCAACCUGUAGUUUCAUUUCCCUUAUCAUCUCCUCGUUUAAGGUGACUUUCGGCCUCAAAUCUCACCAUUUCCACCCCCAGAGGGAAAGGGGGGGGGAAUGGUAAUUUUAUGCAUUCCUCGUUGGAGAAGAUACUGUACACAGCAUACUGAUACACAUCUUAUUAGAUGACGAAAACUCAGGGAAAAUCGUGGACAAUUCCUAAAAAAAACUCUGUUGUUUAGCCCAUUGAGUCGCACUGCGCCUUGAUGCGCCCUACUUUAUUACUUUACUCUGUCUAAAGCCCGUUCUCCACUAGGCGAAUUUGUUCGCGCGAACAGUAAAAAAGUAGGAAUUGAUCCAACUUUUUCGCGGCGAAUUUUUUCGCUGACCAAUCACAUUGCCAAGAUUUGUCUUUCGCUUCGCGUCGCGCGAAAAAAUUCGCCUAGUGGAGAACGGACGAUUUUACUCGUCAAGGGGAGAGCGCUGGCGCUUAAUGGGUUAACUCCUCGUAUAAUAAUGUACGAAAGCCUAUUAAAACUAAAAACGUAAACGCCCAUAACGAUCAGCCGCGCGUAUUUUAUUUCUGCCCAUUUCAUUUUCCUGCUCUUGACGUACUUUUUCUUAAUUUUGUCCUGCAAUUUCUGUUAAAGGUUUCUUGUACGAGUUUCAUACUUAGAAAUUUAUAAUGAAAGCGUACGUGAUUUGCUUGGAAAAGAUCAAAAUGCACAGCUAGAGGUAAUGAAAUGAAAUUAUAUCUUAGGCGAUUUGUUUCUUAAACCAUGCCUGUAGAAAAACAUCCGAGGUGUGCUGAGCCAAAACGAAAAUUGUCUUGCCCAACCUGAAAGUUCGUCUUGACAGUAGUUAUAAGAUUUUGAAUAAGAAUAAUUUGAAGACGAAAUUAAUUCUGGUUUUUACAGGCAUUUCUUAAACUAUCAUGAAAAUCAUAUUUUUGUCAAAAUUUCAAAGGUUAAAGAAAGGCCAGACAUUGGAGUGUAUGUGAAAGAUUUGUCUGCUUAUGUUGUUAAUAAUGCAGAUGAUAUGGAUAAGACGAUGACACUAGGAAAUAAAAAUCGUAAGUAAUUAUUGUUUAAAGGAAUUGCAUGCACUAUACUGUAGUUAAUAUAGUUGGGUUCAAAGACACUCUGGUUAAACAUUUUCUGGUUAAAUUUAAUUAACACUGUUUGGGUUCCGGAGUGGUUAAAUUUCCUGGUUAAUGCUCCACGCAUGCUAGUCGUGGGUUUUCUCCGGGUACUCCGAUUUCCUCCCACAAGAAACUAACUGAUUCUUAUUGACCCUUCCAUACACCGUCGAUGUGCUCCGGUUUCCUCCCACAGCGGGAAACUAACUGACUCUUAUUGACCCUUCCAUGCACCGUCGAUGUGCUUCGGUUUCCUCCCACAGCGGGAAACUAACUGACUCUUAUUGACCCUUCCAUGCACCGUCGAUGUGCUCCGGUUUCCUCCCACAGCGGGAAACUAACUGACUCUUAUUGACCCUUCCAUGCACCGUCGAUGUGCUCCGGUUUCCUCCCACAGCGGGAAACUAAUUCCCCCUAACUCACCCACCGUGACUGUGCUCCGUGAUCAGACAUGAGACUCAUGUCAUGAGUCAUAAGGUGGCUGCCUGAGGCGCCCUUAAGGCCAUAUUACACGGUGCAAUUUUUCUUGCAACUUGCAAUGCAAUUCUACUCUUGAGAGGUGUUAAUUAGUGAAAUCAGUGAAGAAUUUUCGAUAUGUUGAGAAAACAUCAGCGGAGUGUAAUGAAGACUCGUAUUUGGCAAUUUUAAAUCUCUCAAGAGUAGAAUUGCAUUGCAAGUUGCAAGAAAAAUUGCACCGUGUAACAUGGCCUUUAGUAAGUCUUCGAUUGGAUCAUGCAGGUUGAGCUGCGCCCUUCGCAAUUCAGCUUAGCUCUCAGCCACAAGGAUGAUUACCACAUCCCAUCACUCACUCACUCACUCACUCACUCACUACUAAAUUAACCAGGGAAUUCUGGUUAAACUAGCCACGAUAGUGAUCAAAUUAACCAGGACUGUGGUUAAAUUAACCUGGAAAUUUAACCAGAAACAUAUUAAGUUAUCCCAAACAGUGUUCAUUUUAGAAUAAUUAAGGAAACUAAGCACGGUUUUGUCAUACAGAUCUAUAUAGCAGACGUUCAUGAAAUUAGUUGUGUUACAAUGAUCUGUUACGUGCAUGCAAGAAUUCAUAUAGUAUAUUUUACAUUUCUAUGGCCAGCAAAAACCCCUGUUUUUGCAUUUUCCAAGGUUCUGUUGGUGCUACAAACAUGAAUGAACAUUCUUCGCGCUCACAUGCAAUAUUUACAAUCACAAUUGAGCGAAGUGAGAAAGGAGCAGAUGGCCAACAACAUGUUCGUAUGGGAAAACUUCAUAUGGUUGAUUUGGCUG